CCUCCUCCUGUUGCUGCUGCUCCUGCUGCUGCUGCUUCUGCCGCCGCCCGCCCCGGCCCGGCCCGGCUCGGCUCGGUUCGGCCCGGCUCGGCUCGGCUCGCCAUGGGAGAUGUGGUCUCCACGCAUCUGGACGAGGGUCGCCGCCAGCACAUCGCGGAGAGGACCGGGAAGGUGCUGGGGGAGUUCUGCAGGUGCUACCAGGAGCAGUUCGGGGUCGCACUCUUCAACAGCGUCCGCUAUGAGAUCGAGGGCAGUGGGGGGCCACAGCCACAGCUGCUCCACCGCAAGGUGCCUCUGGAGGACCACGUCAUCUACUCGGGCAACAUCUUCCAGUACAUGGAGGAGAACAAGAAGUGGAGGAACCGCUUCUGCGUGGUGCCGCACAACUACGGGCUGGUCCUCUACGAGAACAAGCUGGCCUACGAGCGGGACCUGCCCCCCCGCGUGCUGGUCAACAGCGCCGGCUACAAGGUCCUCACCUCCGUGGAGCAGUACCUGGAGCUGGUGAGCAGCAGCCUGCCUGGUGUGACCCCCAAGUCGGGGCAGUCUCCCAUCCUGAAGUGCCCCACGGAUUUCCCCCUGAUCCUCUGGCACCCCUAUGCCAGGCACUACUACUGCUGCGUGAUGACCGGCAAGGAGCAGCAGCGCUGGCGCGCGGUGUUCCAGGACUGCGUGCGGCACUGCAACGACGGGAUCUCCGAGGACUCCCGAGUGGAGGCUCCAGCCUUCACGGACGCCAUCCGCAUGUACCGGCAGGCGAAGGAGCAGUUCGGCACCUGGGACAUGCUGUGUGGCAACCAGACCCAGGUGCUGAGCAACCUGGUGAUGGAGGAGCUGCUCCCCGAGCUGAGGAGCACCAUCGGCCCCCGGCUGAAGGGCAAGGCCCAGGAGCGCCAGAGGACCUGGAUCCAGAUCUCAGAUGCUGUCUACAGGAUGGUCUAUGAGCAGACCAAGGCCCAGUACGAGGCAGUGCUGGCCAAGUGUGAGCAGGAGAGGCCGCGGAUGGAGAGCAUCAUCCGCACGGACAUGGACCAGAUCAUCACUUCCAAGGAGCACCUGGCCAGCAAGAUCCGAGCGCUCGUGCUCCCCAAAGCUGAGGUCUGCGUGCGCAACCACGUCCAGCCCUACAUCUCCUCCAUCCUGGAGGCCCUGAUGACCCCCACCAGCCAGGGCUUUGCUGAGGUGAGGGAGGUGUUCUUCAAGGAGGUCACAGACAUGAACAUGAACAUUGUCAACGAAGGUGGCCUGGAGAAGCUGGUGGAGUACAUGGAGAAGCUGUCCCAGCUGGCCUUCCACCCCGUGAAGAUGCAGUGCUGCUACGAGAAGAUGGAGCAGCUGAAGCUGGAGGGCCUCCAGCAGCGCUUCGACGUCUCCAGCACGUCUGUCUUCAAGCAGAGGGCCCAGAUCCACAUGAGACAGCAAAUGGACGACGCGGUGUACACCUUCGAGACGCUGCUGCACCAGGAGCUGGGCAAGCUGCAGGGCAAGGAGGAGCUCUGCAAAUCCAUCCAGCGCAUCCUCGAGAGGGUGCUCAAGAAGUUCGACUACGACAGCAGCACCGUGCGGAAGAAGUUCUUCAGGGAGGCCCUGCUGCAGAUCACCAUCCCCUUCCUGCUCAAGAAGCUGGCACCAACCUGCAAGGGGGAGCUGGCCAAGUUUCAGGAGCUGAUCUUCGAGGACUUCGCCAGCUUCAUCUUGGUGGAGAACACCUACGAGGAGGUCGUGCUCCAGUCAGUGAUGAAAGACAUCAUGCAAGCUGUGAAGGAGGCGGCGGUGCAGCGCAAGCACAACCUGUACCGGGACAGCAUGGUGCUGCACAACAGCGAUCCCAACCUCCACCUGCUGGCCGAGGGCCUCCCCAUCGACUGGGCCGAGGAGUACAGCGGGCAGCAGGAGCCCGAGCCGGGCAGCGACCGGCGCCGCAGGGCCAAGCAGGUGGUGUCCGUCAUCCAGACCGACGAGGGGGUCCUGCCCUACGAGGCGGGCACCCAGGAGCUGCUGCAGCCCGGCUCCCCGCCGCAGCCGGAGGCCGGGGCACCCCCCGGCUGCCCGGACCGGGUGGAGAAGAUCCGGGAGGCGCUGGCGGAGGAGAGCCUCGGGGGCGCAGGCGGCGCGGAGGAGCGGCUGAGCAACGGCACCGCCGGCGAGGUGCCGCUGGCCCCGGGCGCUGUGCCGGGCGGCCUCCCACUGCCGGCGGCAGCUCAAGCCCCACCGGCGGCUGAGGUGCAGCGAGCAGCUGAUGCCCCAGCAGAGGCCAAUGUCCAGCACACCAUCCCAUCACCCAAGCCCAGAGCUGAUGCCCCAGCAGAGGCCAAUGUCCAGCACACCAUCCCAUCACCCAGGCCCAGAGCUGAUGCCCCAGCAGAGCCCAAGGAGCCCCCUGCCACACCAGCACCACCCACCCCUGGAGCUGAGCCCCUGUCCCCAGCCCCUGGGCCAGCCUGCCACCAGCCCAGUGACAAGGAGACAGGGGAGGAGGUGUCCUGCCCCAGCAGCCCUGUGCAGCCCAAGGGCACGACAGAGAGCGGGGAGGGGGUGCAGACUGAGUUCUAGCCCCUGGCAGCCCCCUGCUGUGGACUGGUCCCGGUGACUCCGGGGGCUGGGGUGAGGGCAACAGGACCUGCUGGGGCUGGAGAGUGGCCUGUGGGGAGAGGGAGGGGAUGGGAAACACCAAGACCUUAUUGUCUGCUCUGGGGGGGGGGGCUGCUGCUGCCCGAGGCUGCCCACAGCCAGGUGGUCCUACUGGGUUGGACUGGGGGAGGCCCCCGGCCCGGCAUGGGGCACCCCCUGCACUCUGCUCUGUCCUUCUGCCUUAUUUUCUUCUUUCCUCCUGAGGAGCUGCUUUAUCUGCCCCCCCCCCC